GGAGCGCUGACAGCUGCGGGGAGGGCGGAGCGCCCGGCUGCUGAGGAGAGUCCCUCCGGCGCGCCGCUCCAUGCUGGUCCCGGUCUUUGUUCUGGGGCCGGCGCGGGGACAUGCGCCGCUGACGAUGGAGGUGGAGGACUCGGGCGGCGUGGUGCUCACCGCCUACCACUCGUACGCGCGCUCGCAGCCGACCAGCCCCGAGCCGCGCUGCGCGCCCCGGGCCGCCUCCAGCCACCCGCUCAGCAGAUUCACCACUUGACAUCUGUAAGCAGAAGCUGGCCUAACUCUGCCGCUUUAGCAGGGGUCAGACCAUCUGAAGUGAUCUGCAGAUAUUCUGAAAAUCCAUUUCUCACUGCCGAAGAAUUAACAGGAUGCUGUCCAAUGAAUCCCUGCAUUCUCCUGCUUUCGGUCGCUCUAACUCCCAAGCCUCCGUAGACAGCGCCUCGAUGGAGGAUUUCUGGCGGGAAAUAGAAAGCAUCAAGGAGCACAGCCUGGCAAGGCAAGAGGAGCAGUCGCCAGCAGAGGCCAAGCCCAUAGAUGAAGGUGAACUUGAAGCAGAGUGGUUGCAAGAUGUGGGCUUAUCAACUCUGAUCUCGGGCAAUGAGGAGGAAGACGGCAAAGCCUUGCUUUCCACGUUGACCCGAACACAGGCAGCUGCAGUGAAGAAGAGGUACAAAACCUACACUCAGACCCUGAGGAAGAAGAACAAGCAGUCUGUCCGAGAUGUCAGAGACAUCUUUGGAGCCAGCGAAGCUCCUCCAGAUGACACUUAUGACAAGCACCCUGCUCAGUUGGAUGGCACUGAUGAGAAGAAGGAGCUCCCAGAAGUUAUCAAAACAUGUGAUUCCAUGCCAGGUGAUGCUUCUCUCAACAGUACCACCCUGUCCAAGGGAGCACAGGAUGAAGAAGGGAGUUUUGUAGUUCCCAGGAGUGGUUCCCGGUCUGUCCUCGAGGCUAUUCCUGAUAUCCCGGUUCAUUCCAACGGAUGUCCAGGCCCAGGACAGCCCGUCCAGCCCACAGAGAGAGAUGAUGAUUAUCUGGAAAAGAACAUUCCAACAGAGACUGAAGAACUGUCCUUCGAAAUAUCUUAUUCAGAAAUGGUUACAGAGGCUCCAAAAAGAAAUAAUUUUAAGAAGUUGGAGCUUAAGAAAGAAGACUGUGCUUUAACUAAAUUCACCGUGCAGAAAACCAGGCUUGGUUUGACGGAAGCAGCAGACUUGUCUGCUGAAGACAUGAAGAAAAUCCGCCAUCUCUCUCUAAUUGAAUUGACGGCCUUUUUUGAUGCCUUUGGAAUUCAACUGAAGAGAAACAAAACAGAGAAAGUAAAAGGACGAGACAAUGGGAUUUUUGGAGUUUCACUUCCAGUCCUCCUGGACAAUGAUCGAAAGAAAGACCCUGGAGUGAAAGUUCCACUCGUAUUACAAAAAUUUUUUGAGAAGGUUGAAGAAUCGGGUCUGGAAUCAGAAGGCAUUUUCCGACUCUCAGGAUGUACUGCCAAAGUCAAGCAAUACCGUGAAGAAUUGGAUGCCAAGUUUAGUGCCGAUAAGUUUAAAUGGGACAAAAUGUGUCAUCGGGAAGCUGCUGUGAUGUUAAAGGCAUUUUUCAGAGAACUUCCCACAUCUCUGUUCCCUGUGGAGUAUAUACCAGCCUUCAUCGCUCUCAUGGAAAGAGGGCUUCAGAUCAGAGUACAACUUCAAGCCUUGCACCUCAUGGUCAUGGCACUGCCUGACGCUAACAGGGAUACAGCCCAGGCACUCAUGACAUUUUUCAACAAAGUGGUUGCCAAUGAAGCCAAAAACCGCAUGAGCAUGUGGAACAUUUCGACUAUAAUGGCACCAAACCUUUUCUUCAGCAGAAGCAAACAUUCUGACCAUGAAGAAUUACUGUUAGCAAACACUGCAGCCCACAUCAUCCGCCUCAUGCUGAAGUACCAGAGGAUUCUGUGGAAGGUGCCAUCCUUCUUAAUCACCCAAGUAAGAAGAAUGAAUGAAGCCACCAUGUUGUUAAAGAAGCAGCUCCCAAGUGUGAAAAAGCUGCUUCGGAGAAAGACCAUUGAACGGGAGAUUACAGGCACCAAGACUUCAAAGGUACUACAGAAAUCGCCAUCUUCAAGAAGAGUGUCUGAUGUGCCAGAAGGAGUCAUCCGGGUCCAUGCUCCGCUUCUCUCAAAGGUGUCCAUGGCCAUUCAGCUGAACAGUCAAACCACAGCCAAAGACAUACUGGCGAAAUUUGAGUAUGAGAACAGUCAUAGUCCAUCAGAAUCUAUCAAGAUUCAGAACCAAAGGUUAUAUGAGAUUGGAGGAAAUAUAGGACAACAUUGCCUGGAUCCAGAUGCAUUUAUAUUGGAUGUAUACCAUGAAAAUCCUCAAGCAGAAUGGGUAAUUAAGCCCUAACCAAGUCCUUGCAAUAUCCAUCAUGUGUUACAUGCCAAGCCAAUCCUAACUUUGAGGGGAGAAAACCAACAAGGUGCUUUGGCACACUUGAAUCUGUGCCCCUCUCAGUGCUCCAUGGUCCCUGAGUGGUUAUGUCUCCAGCAUGGUCAACAUGAACAGUGGGAGAGGACCAGGAUCGCCAUUCAAGCUGAAGUUGGCUCAUCAUUUUCGUUGUUAAAAGGGCCAAGAAAGAGGAUGUGAUCCUUCCAGAAGAAAGGAACUCUGUGAAAUAUGGAACUCUAAUCCUUUCUGGUACUUUGACUUCUCAGCAGAAGUGAACUUGGCCUUAUACCAGGGCCUAAGUAAGUUCUUCAUGUAGCCAAGGCUACAGAACACAAGGAGAAAGAGACCUUUAUAUAUAUAUAU